AUGUCUUGUUCAAAAAUAGCAAUUAUUUCUAUUGAUUUGGGAAGUUCACUCAGUUCAUUUUCAUAUUCAUUCAUUCAUCAAGCAGGAGAGCGUGGAAAUGACCCUAAUAUAUAUGCUCACGAUUGGGAGGGUGGUGGAGGUUCAAAUAAUAGUAAAACAUUGACCUUGGUAGGAUUGGAUGAUGGUGAUAACCUACAAAAGUUUGGUUAUGAAGCAAGAUCAUACCCAGACUUGAAUUUGUAUGCUGGCUUCAAGAUGAAACUCUUUGAUUCAAGUUCUAGAGAAAACUCGAUGGUCAAGGCUAUCAACACCAAUAGAAAGGUAUCGGUCAAGAAGCUCAUUACAGAGACACUCAGAUACUUUAAACGUGUUAGUUUGGAUCGAAUCAACUUGUCUCUACUAAACAAACUCCAACCAUCAGAUAUCAUGUGGGUUCUAACAGUACCUGCUAUCUGGGAUGAUGCUGCUAAACAUAUCAUGCGUCAGUGUGCUGUUGAUGCUGGGUUAUGUGUUGCCGGUGAUAAAGGUAUGUCAAAUUCAAAUGACUUUGAAUCAGCUAUCGAAAUUCUAUUCUAUUUUCUAACAUCUUUGAUAUCAAAUCUAGAUUCGGUAUUACUUUGUUUUGAACCAGAAGCUGGUGCUUUAGAUUGUGUAUUUGAAACUUUGGGAGAGAUCUAUCAAGUCAAAGUUGGUGAGAAACUUUUAAUCCUUGAUAAUGGAGGUGGUACUUGUGAUUUUGUAGGUAAACUUCAAUUGGAUCAUGGCAAGUUUGAAGAUAUCGUUGCACCAUUUGGAGGUCCAUGGGGUUCGAUCAACGUCAAUGAUAACUUUAAAAAGUUCUUGGUAGAGUUGCUUGGUAAAGAGGUGGAGGAGCAUAUGGAAGGACCAGACUUUGUCAGCCUGAUGGAUACUUUCGAGGUAUUAAAGAGAUCCAUUUCAAAUCCAGAAUGGGGUGAUGGUAAACCACGAAACAUUACAAUGAACCCAAAGAAUCUAUUUGGAAAGUCGGCAGAAUGGGUAAAUGAAAAGAUUAAACUCUACAACACAAAGAAUGGAACAAAUGUAGAGUUUAAAAGUUCAAUCUUUUUAAGUUUACCAAUGAAGGUUAUUAAAUCAUUUUUUGAACCUUUGUUUGAAAAGAUUAUCAAAUGUAUCAAAGACAAGAUGAAUUAUAACCCACUACUCAAGAAUCCAACCUAUAUAUUUAUGAUUGGUGGUUUUAGUGAAAACUAUUUCCUACAGGAAUUGGUAAAGAAAGAGUUUGCAUCGACUGGUGCUAAAUUCAUUAUUCCUAGUCGUCCAUCUCUAUCGGUUGUCAAGGGUGCCACAAGAUUUGGAUUUAGUCCAUCUACUACUAUCAGACGUAUCAUUCCUCGUUCAUAUGCCAUUGAAAUGGAUGAACCCAUCACAACUGAAAAGCCACAUGUCGGUCAAAAACCAUUUAUGAUCAAUGGUAAACCAUAUGCUCGAAAUGUUUGUGAUGUCUAUGUUCAGGCUGAACAGAAAAUCGGUUAUGAUGAAGUAAUCACCAAGACCUAUCUCCCAACUAGAAGUGAUCAAAAGUUUGUCGAACUUGCAGUGUUUUCAUCGACCCUUCCCAAGAUGCUCUAUUCUACCGAUCCUGGAAUAUCAUUUAUUGCCGAUUUAAUGUUAUCCAUCCCUCAAGGCGGCACAUUGGAAGACAGAAAGAUAGAGGCAACAAUGAAAUUUGGUCGUACAGAAUUAGAGGUCAGUGCACGUCAUAUCAAGAGUGGAACAAAGGUCGAUACAGUCAUUGAUUUUGCAAUGAAUCGUGAAGAAGCUGAAAGAAGAAACAAAAUUAGAAUGUUAAAAUCAAAAUCACCUCGAGUUCAACUUUGUAUUCUAAUGGAUGUUACUGGAUCAAUGAAACCAUGGAUAGAUCAAGCUAAAUGUAAGAUGGUAGAUCUUGCAACAGGACUUUCAUCUGCCCAUACUGGUAUUCAACUAGAAGUUAGUUUUAUUGGUUAUCGUGAUUUAACUGAUGCUACUAGAUUUGAAGUUAUCCCAUUUACAACUGAUAUGGCAUCACUUCAAAUUUCAUUGACACCAAUUGAAGCAGAUGGAGGAAAAGAUUGCCCAGAAGACAUUGUUGGUGGAUUCCAACAAGUACUAUCACAAGUGUGGAAAGAAGGUUACACCAAAGUUUGUGUACAUGUUGCCGACGCUCCUUGUCACGGUACAAAAUACCAUUCACUUACCAGAGAAGAAGAUAGUUAUCCAGAUGGUGACUCUACACAUCCAGAAGAACAAAUUAGAACCAUGAAGGGUAGAGGAAUUGAUUAUUAUUUUGUUAGAAUUAAUCAUCUAACAGACAAGAUGAUUGAAGUAUUUAGAUCGACUUAUGAUACCGACCAAAAGAAGAUUGUGGUUGUAAAUUUGGGAUCUGAUUUUGGUCAAUUAAUCCCAUCAAUCGUAACAUUUGUUUCAAAUUCAAUUACUAAAUGUUAA